AAUUGGAGGUUGGGGAUCUAAUUACCCGAGCAUAAUUGGGGGCUAGGGAAUAAGUUUGCCAUCCUCUCUACUCACCGCAGAUCAAUUAUGUUAAGAGAACAUCUGUAAGUAGAGCUUAAUGAGGUCCAUUAGAGCAACAUGUACUGCCUUCUCUAACUGCGCCUGUCAGCUGCGUGGAGGAGCCAAAGGAGGCUGCUAACUAGGGACCUGAACAGGAGCUUAAAUACUGAGAGAGGCAGGCUGGGCCAUACAGGUCUGAGCCAGGGAGCGAGAGAGAGAGCGAGAGAGAGAGGGAGAGAGAAGAGCGGGAGACAGCCAGUCGGCAAGCGGACAGAGAGAGGGGGUAGACAGGUGUACUUCUCCAGAGGAGCGGGGUCUACUGUCGCCGUCUCGGGUCCUCCAGGUGCCCUACCUGUGUCAACUUUUCGGGUCUCCAUCCCUCCCCUCCCCGCCCCCCUCUCGCCAUCGCUUUCUUUUCUCUGUGUUUUUUUGGGGCGGACGCGUGUGAACGCCGUCGCCGGGGCAACGUGUGUGAACGCCGUCGCCGGGGGAACGUGUGUGAACGCCAUCGCCGGGGGAACGUGUGUGAACGCCGUCGCCGGGGCAACGUGUGUGAACGCCGUCGCCGGGGCAACGUGUGUGAACGCCGUCGCCGGGGGAACGUGUGUGAACGCCGUCGCCAGGGGAACCCGCCCAUCACCGCUGGCGCUCGCCCAGCCCUGACCGUCCCUCACUAACACCGUGAAUAACAAACAAGAGCCCCCCAGCGAAGGAGAGGAAGAACGUGAAAGAGGAGGUGGUGGAGAAGAGAAGAACAUGCAGCUUUAGCCCAAUUAAAGAUAGAAAAGAGAGGAGAGGAAAGCCUUCCGCUCCACUUCUUUUUCUAACUUUCGCCAGAAAGUAGCGGAGGAGGAGGAGGAGGAGGAGGAGGAGGAGGAAGGAGAGAGGAACCUUCAACAACUCCAAUUCCACAUCAGCAAAGGCCCUUUUCACAAAAAGGUAUACAAAUGCUCUCGGUCCAGCCGGACACCAAGCCGAAGGGCUGUGCUGGCUGCAACAGGAAGAUCAAAGACCGCUACCUGCUGAAGGCGCUGGACAAGUACUGGCACGAGGACUGCCUGAAGUGCGCCUGCUGCGACUGCCGGCUGGGCGAGGUGGGCUCCACCCUCUACACCAAGGCCAACCUCAUCCUGUGCAGGCGGGACUACCUACGGUUGUUUGGUGUGACGGGGAACUGUGCGGCCUGCAGCAAGCUCAUCCCAGCUUUCGAAAUGGUCAUGAGGGCCAAGGAGAACGUCUACCACCUCGACUGCUUCGCCUGUCAGCUCUGCAAUCAGAGGUUUUGUGUAGGAGACAAAUUCUUCCUGAAGAACAACAUGAUCCUGUGCCAGACGGACUAUGAGGAGGGUUUAAUGAAGGAGGGCUACGCUCCCCAAGUCCGCUGAAGAGCCCCCCACUCUGCCUGCUGACACACACACACACACACUCUCACUCAUACUCACUCACACACACACACACACACACAUUCUCACUCAUACUC